UGAAAAGGGCCUACUGGCGCAACAAUUAUACGACAUUAUGUAGACUACAACAGUUCCCAUGUUCCCCAGCCAAACUACAAAGAGCAACAUGGCAGGAAUUGGAGCCUUCCUGAAGAAUGCGUGGAAUAAGGAGCCAGUGGUAUUGGCCGCUUGCGCAAUUGGACUUCUUGCCGUCACUGUUCCAUUAGUGAGUCCCUUCACGAAGUACUCAGGAAUGAUGAAUGCAGCUGUGCCAUACAACUAUCCAGUCCCUGUGCGAAACAAUGGCAAGAUGGACGAUGUCCCCAGCCACCCUAGUGACCCUAAAGGACCAAACCUGGACUGGAUUAAAAGCCUGUAACCGUCCACAUUCCCGUCCCUGUACAGACCACAGCCCGAUGUUCGGUCUCUCUGUGUCUGCUUCUCAGUAGAUUACCCUCAAUAAAGAUGCUUUAUUUAUUACCACCAA